AUGUCUUCGACAGACACACCCGACCCGUCGACCGUGUCGACUUCUACAACGGCAACUGUCCGCACAACCACCUCGCCCUCAUCGGCUGCCUCCACUCCCUCUCCCUCCACUUCCAGUGCAACGACCGCUCCAUCCACAUCAGGCGCCCGUCGCCCGCAGCGCAAGAGCACGCUCACUCAGCAACAAAAGAACAACAAACGUCAGCGCGCGACGCAGGACCAGCUGGUAACCCUUGAGAUGGAAUUCAACAAGAACCCCACCCCUACAGCUGCCACACGAGAAAGGAUUGCGCAGGAGAUCAAUAUGACUGAGCGCUCCGUUCAAAUCUGGUUUCAGAAUAGACGCGCGAAAAUCAAGAUGCUUGCAAAGAAGAGCAUUGAGACCGGUGAAGGUUGCGAUUCUAUUCCCGAGUCAAUGCGCCAGUACCUAGCCAUGCAGUUCGACCCCAGCAAACCUGGUGCGCGUGACCCUUUUGGCCGGACUAGUGGAUAUGGAGCCAAUGGCGCAUACCCCAAUGAGCCAACUCCCUCUGGCAAAGUUGUAAUUCACCAUUUCACUUGCCGAUCCCUCACCAUUGGAAGCUGGAGGCGCAUUGGACAGAAUGCCAUGGAUUUGGUUGUCUUCUAUUCGCCGGAGAAGGCCUGCAUGACCUAUUACAUCAACAAUGAUUCUGCUGGUUACAAGAUCGAGUACCCCUUUGCCUACAUCAAGAACAUCACGCUGGAGUCCGGUGACCAAGGCCCGCAGCCCAACGGUGCUCCCACACGACCUACCGGUCUCGUCAUUGAGCUCAACAGACCACCUCUCUUUUACAUGGAUUCCUCAAACUCCGGCGGCUUCUAUCAGUGUGGCGAUUUCACGGAGGAUCAGCAGGCCAGUUCUAUUAUGGUACAUCGUCUCGGAGGGCACCCCAAGGUUCUGAGUGUUCAACUAGCGAAGCUGGUCUCAUUGGAAUCGUUCCAAAACCGCCUUGCGUACAGCAAUUUUGCAGCUAACGUACCAAUGUCCCCGCCUUUCAUCCAACGCCCAGCAUCGCAGCCGAACCAUUUUGCUCCCGCGUUCAUGGGCAUGUAUGCAGAGAAUCCCGCUGUGAUGAAUCUUCAGGCCGCCCGUGGGCAUAAGCGACAAAGAAGCCGCUCCGUUCCUGUGGCUGUCGAUUUCUCUGCACUGGGAGCGCCGAUGACACCGUUCAGCAUGCCACACCCUCCGCCGCAGUUCAACCAGCCGGACGCAAGUAUUUAUGCGCCGAUACCACAGUCAACCCACUCACUAGCUACCAACCUUCGCAUCGAUACUUCUUCAGGUUAUGGCUUUGACCCCCGUGCGCACCCUAUGUCGGCGACAACGACUGCCUCCCCAUCUGAGUUUGCCAGCCCGGCACUCUUUUCGUCUGGUGGCCAGGGAGAGUCGACUCCAGUAGCCAGUAUGGGGAACCAAUUCACUCUGCCUUUCGUUUCGCCCGCUGUGGAUUCCAGCGUUGCCACUCAGGCAGCCUCCCCGUACUCGAAUGUGAGCCACGUUGACCCAAUGAUCGCCAACCAUUCCCCUCCUCUGACAAACAUGUCCCACACACCACAGGACAUGUAUGGUAUGGGAACUGAGCACCAGACAAGCUAUGCAGAGGAUGGUAUGUCCAUGGGUGGGAUGUUCAAGCAUAUGAACUAUUCGGUGCCUACAUCGAUGGGUCUCGAGAGUAAUGCUUUUGAGAUGCCAAUGCAUAGCAUGUCUGGCCACACAUCGCCAGGCAUUCAGGGUGACUAUCAAAGCCUGACGCUGGAAAACGUUGAUCCAAAUGUUCUAACACCCGGUUCCUGA